AUGAAGGGGGUUCUCGUCCAGGCCCGGGGAGUGGAACUCGGGGAGGAGGAGUCUCGCUGGGGCCUUUAUGUGGGCUCCGUAAAGAGACAAGCACUAUAUGCCUGUGGUACCUGCACCCCCAAGGGAGAAGAACCAGCAGGAAUUUGCCUAGCUUGCAGUUAUGAGUGUCAUGGAAGUCAUAAACUAUUUGAGCUAUAUACAAAAAGAAAUUUUCAUUGUGAUUGUGGAAACAGCAAGUUUAAAAAUUUGGAAUGCAAAUUAUUUCCUGACAAAGCAAAGAUAAAUUCUGGCAAUAAGUAUAAUGACAACUUUUUUGGAUUGUAUUGCAUUUGUAAGAGACCUUAUCCUGAUCCUGAUGAUGAGAUUCCAGAUGAGAUGAUCCAGUGCGUAGUCUGUGAAGACUGGUUCCAUGGAAGGCAUCUCGGUGCCAUGCCCCCCGAGAGUGGGGAUUUCCAGGAGAUGGUGUGCCAGGCCUGUAUGAAGCGCUGCUCGUUCUUGUGGGCUUACGCUGCACAGUUGGCAGUAACCAAAGUAUCUGCUGAGGAUGAUGGGUUGGCGCUGAAUGUCGAUGGGAUAGGUGAUGAGGAAGUUACCAAACCUGAAAAUGGCGAUCAUCAUGAUAGUCCCCUCAAAGAGGAUGUUCCAGAACAUGCAAAGGAUGCUGUCAAGGCAGUUAAAGCAGAGCAGACUAAUGAACCAUGUGCCAGCUCUAGUUCUGAGUCUGAUCUCCAGACAGUGUUUAAGAAUCAACAUCUCAAUACAGAAUCACAGACUGGCUGCAAACUUCAGGAGCUUAAAGCUAAGCAUUUUAUAAAGAAAGACACUGCCACCUUUUGGCCCCUGAACUGGCGUAGCAAGUUAUGUACCUGCAAAGACUGUAUGAAAAUGUAUGGCGAUCUAGAUGUCCUGUUCCUGACAGAUGAAUAUGACACAGUUCUGGCUUAUGAAAACAAGGGCAAGGUUGACCAGGCGGCUGGCAGGACAGAUCCUUUAAUGGACACCCUUAGCAGCAUGAACAGAGUCCAGCAAGUGGAACUCAUUUGUGAAUAUAAUGACUUGAAGACUGAACUUAAAGACUAUCUGAAGAGAUUUGCUGAUGAAGGCACGAGCAAGACAACUGAAGGCAGCAAGCAGUCACUUCCCCAUCAGCUGGAGAGUCGAGGACGCUGGAACCAGAAAGCCCGUGGUGCAGGCUGGAGGUUACUUCGCCAUCUCCACGGCAUUAGGAUUCUAAGAACUCGAUCUCUUUAGAGUCUCAUCUCGUGCCUCUAGUCCAUGCUACCAGAAUCUGCAGCGGCUCUGACGGCGUCUGCACUGUGAACACAGCAAGAGCUUUGCAGCCUGGGUACAAAAGGCUUUUCUCCUUCCUGUUCUCUAGUGAACUAGGAAACUCCAGGAUCCUGACGGGACUCCCACUGAAGGAACGAAGACCAGCUCCCCAGACUUAUUAAAAAAGAAUGACAAUAGAUUUAAAGAGACUGAGCAGGAAGAUUUCCGAACCAAAACAAUUAUUGAAAAGAGAGGAGCAUUUUGAUGUGCUGUUCUUUGGAAUUUCUAUAAUUAAAAAAUAAACACAGAACUAUUUCAUAAGAAAAUACAUCUUAGUGUGCAAUCCAAUGCACAUGGAAAUUGGUAGAUGAAUGGCAAAAUGCAAAAAAGUAUGAAAAUACAGUCCUUUAAAUGCGGCAAUAAAGUUUAACAUACUGAUAUAAAAUCAAUACAGAUAAAAUAAAUGGACAAGUGCAAAAAA